GAGCGAAGUGACGGCCACUGGUGGGCCAGCUGAACUGGAGUAUCCCAGCGCGGUGUGGGAUGAGGCCAACAAGAGGAUGCUGACCUUUGGCGGAGGUGACAACUCCGACGCUUUCCACGACAGCGUCUUCAGCCUUGAGGACUCCACGUGGACUGACAUCUCCACCAGCGGCACAGGACCCGCGGGGCGGUACAGGCAGGCCAUCGCCCUGGAUGGCUCCAGGAUGUUUGUCUUCGGAGGUUCAUCGGAGGACAGGCAUAAGGACCUGUUUGCUCUUGAUUUGACCACCUACGCGUGGUCCUCGCUGGAUGACGGCGACGAGCUUUUCGGGCAUUCCAUGCUAUGGGAUUCGCAGAACAGCCGAUUGCUGGUCUUUGGAGGCCAGAAGGGCGCGAGCGAACAGUACCGGGACCAGCUUAUGGAGUGGAAGUCUGCGGAGGACAAUUGGAGCGAUCUUUCUCCAAGUGGCGAUUCUCCCAGCAAGCGUUCAUUCCACACGGCAGUGUGGAAAAGCUCCACAGAGAUGCUUGUCUUUGGCGGUCAAGGAGGUAGCACCACGUAUUACAAGGACCUCUACCUGUACGAUACCGCUUCAAAUGAGUGGUCAUCGCUUGCAGAUGGCUCAGCAGAACGAGCCCACCAUGCUGCGGUGUUCGUGGGUUGCAUGAAUGUCAUGCUGGCAGCUUGGCAAUGGCAGCGCAUCAGCAGCUUGGCUGUGCAAUGCUGUCACCCGCAGUUUGACAAGAUGUCAGCUUCCUUCGGAUACUUGGGAUAUCCAAAGGCCUUCGAGCCUUCGGGGGCAAUGUCGUAA